UUUUUCGUUUGCAGUCUCAUUUUAACGCUUACUUUAUUUUUUGUCCUUUCUAUUUUUUACACUUCUCAUUCAGGCUGGCCGAUUCAACAUUUGCAACAACUUUCCUAAAAUUACUGACCAUGGCUGAUAUCAACAGCAACCCGUAUCUGGCCCACAUGCAUGACAAAAGCAGUGGCAGCAGCAACAACAUCUUCAACGGGCCCAACAAGGCGUUCAACAUGCUUGUUCCUGGAAAGUCGACCUCUGAGCAGCAGGAGGCUCUGGAAAAUGAUCUGUACAACGGCCUGACAGGGCAGGCAUACUCGCAAAAGUACAAGAUCAUCUUGGAGAAGCGGCGCGACCUGCCUGUCAACAAGCAGCGGCAAAAGUUUCUCGACCUGAUCCACGCCAACCAAUUUGUGGUCCUUGUGGGUGAGACGGGGUCAGGCAAAACCACGCAGAUCCCGCAGUACAUGGUGAUGGACAUGCUGCCCCAGGUGGAGGGCAAGAUGAUUGCAUGCACGCAGCCGCGCCGUGUGGCGGCAAUGAGCGUGGCGCAGCGCGUGUCCGAGGAAUUGGACGUCAAGCUUGGACAGGAGGUUGGCUACUCGAUCCGUUUCGAGGACUGCACGUCGUCAAAGACUGUUUUGAAGUACUGCACGGACGGUAUGCUCCUGCGCGAGGCCAUGUCAGACAACCUGCUGUCGCGGUACUCGGCGGUUAUUCUUGACGAGGCGCAUGAGCGCACGCUCAACACGGAUAUCCUGAUGUCCCUGAUGAAGAAUAUUGCAAUUAAGCGGCCGGACAUCAAGAUCAUCGUCAUGAGCGCCACGCUGGACUCGGAGAAGUUCCAAAAGUACUUUUACGACGCGCCCCUGCUUACGGUCCCUGGCCGCACGUUCCCCGUCGAGGUGUACUAUACGCCAGAGCCCGAGAGCGACUACCUGGAGGCGUCGAUCAAGACAGCGCUGCAGAUCCACGCGACCGAGCCUGCUGGUGACAUCCUGAUGUUCCUCACAGGCGAGGAGGAGAUCGAGGAGGCCUGCCGCCUGCUACGCGCGCGCGGCGACGAGCUCAUCCGCCGCGCCAACAGCGGGCCUCUGCUGAUCGUCCCGCUGUACUCGACGCUGCCGCCGAACAUGCAGCAAAAGAUCUUUGACCAGGCGCCCGAGCCACGCACCAAGGGCGGCUCCCCUGGGCGCAAGAUCGUUGUUUCGACUAACGUUGCCGAAACUUCACUGACCAUCGAUGGCAUCGUGUACGUCAUUGACCCCGGGUUCGCCAAGCAGAAGGUGUACAACCCGCGCGUGCGCGUCGAGUCCCUGCUGGUGUCGCCGAUCUCGCGCGCAGCCGCACAGCAGCGCGCCGGCCGUGCUGGACGCACGCGCCCUGGAAAGUGCUUCCGGCUGUACACCGAAAAGUCGUUCAACAACGACCUCAUUGAGCAGACGUACCCGGAGAUCCUGCGCAGCAACCUCGGAUCUAUCGUGCUGCAGUUGAAGAAGCUGGGGAUCAACGACCUCGUGCACCUGGAUCUGAUGGACCCGUGCGCGCCCGAGGUGUUGAUGCGCGCGCUUGAGCUGCUGCAUUACCUGGGCGCCCUUGACGACGACGCCAACUUGACGGAAAUUGGCCAUGCGAUCUCAGAGUUCCCCAUUGACCCGCAGCUGGCCAAGAUGAUCAUUGCCGCCGCCGACUACGGCUGCACCAACGAGGUGUUGUCCAUCGCUGCCAUGCUCUCCGUGCCCAACGUGUUUCUGCGGCCGCGCGAGGCCCAGCGUGCUGCUGACAUGGCCAAGGCCGAGUUCGCGCACAUGGAUGGCGACCACAUGACGCUGCUCAACGUCUACCACGCGUACAAGGGCACGACGGAGGCGACCAAGUGGUGCUGGGACAACUUUUUGCAGUACCGCUCGCUCAAAUCGGCCGACAGCAUCCGCGAGCAGCUGCGCCGCGUGGCUGUCAAGAACAACAUCCCCCUGCUGUCCAAUAACUUUACUAACCCCGAGUACUACCCCAAGAUCCGCCGCGCACUGACCGCUGGCUACUUCAUGCAGGUUGCGCACCUGGAGCGCAACGGCCAGUACUUGACGGUUAAGGACAACCAGAUUGUUCUUUUGCAUCCGUCGUCGGUGCUGGAGCGCAAGCCCGAGUGGGUUGUGUACAAUGAGUUUGUGUUGACUAAACGCCAUUACAUCCGCACAGUCACGGAGGUGAAGCCCGAAUGGCUGCUGGAGAUUGCCCCGCAUUACUAUGAUUUGUCGGCGUUCCCGCCGUGCGAGGGCAAGCGCAUUUUGGAGAAGAUUGCUUUGAAGUUUGCUCUCUCCAGGGAGGAGCAGGAGCGCAGGGUGAAGAAGGACAAGAAGGAUAAGAAGCGCAAGUCCGAGAAGGAGAAGAGCGAGAAGAAAGAGAAGAAGGACAAGAAAGACAAGAAGGAGAAGAAGGAGAAGAAGGAAAAAAAGGAGAAGAGCAAGGACUAGUCCCUUUAUUUAUGUUUUAUAUUACAAUAAAUGCGUUCAAAG